CCCCCGCGCAAGCAAGCACACACAGACACACACACACGCGCACAUUCACACACUCUCUUCAGCACCCGCUCCCGACGCCGCGACCAUGGACCAUUCUGAAGCGUACGAGGCUGUAUUCCGGACUCUGCUCCGGUUCUACCAGUCUAAGUCCUUGGUUGAUGAUAAAAGUGCCAGCAAGGAGCUCGUGUUCAACCCUGAAGCGGUCAUCGCCCACUGCUUCAAGCAGUUCAAGCAGGAAGACUUCUACCUGCCUCAGAGCCCCUGGAGGAUCAUCAUCUUGCCUUGAAAGGAGGCUCUGAUGCCCGUCAAUCCCACCCCCCAACCCCAGGCUCCCCCCAAGCACACCCCCAGCUCCAAAGCCCUGGAAGUUGGGGACAUCCAAGGACAGCCAGAGGGCCCAAGGGCCUGGCUGACCCAGAGGCUGAGGGUUCGGCAGGACCUGGAGUCAUUUGGCAGCAUACAGAGGUGGCUGCGGAACAAGUCCAGACUCACGCCUUUGGAGGCCAAGGUCCUACACGAGAGCCACAAGGAGCAUGAGGCCCGGCUGAUGGACCAACUGGCCACUACCAGAGACACCAAGCUCACCAUCCCCUCCAUCCAGUACACAGACCAGUGCCGCCUGGUGCACAGCGGGAAUAAGCACUUUGAUGAGCACUGCCUCCCGUCCACCAUCCACGGGGAGAUGGAGGCGGUCAUCAACAGGUCGCGCACCGACACCUUUCUGGUCUACCUGCAAUGCUGGAAGCUCUGCAAAUCCUACAACCUCCCGCUGACCGAGGACGUCCUCGUGAGAGCCCUGAUGUACCCGGGGGACAAGAUCAUUUUCCAGAAGGACCAGGUGCUUCCAAUCCGGCAACCGGGAGGCUACUACUCGGACCUGAAGAUCUUCAGUCCGAACCUGGCCCUGCUCCGAUCCCAGGGCGUUUCCAAACCUGUGGCUCAGAAGCCUGACAAGAACAUGCUGAAGAAAAUCAAGAAAGUCAGCUUUAAGAAGUUUGAGGAAUUCACCAGGAAGCUGAAGGCGAAGAGGCCGAGUGGUCCGCAGCUAACCCAUCCCAAUUUCUUCUGGCCGGGUCACCUCCUGGACAAGCUGAAGCUCUACCUGCCCACUGUGACCAUGGACCGGAGCCUGGCGCUCUUCAGUUGUGUCCAACGCCGGUCCCAGGCCUACUCAGCCACCUACCAUCCCGACCACUGGUGGCCCAUUAAGGACAUGAACUACAUGACCUAUGCCUAUUACGAUGCCCCCAAGAUCUACCACAUCAACUAGACUGGCCCAAGUGUCGCCAAACCUAGCCAUCCUGGGGCCGGGACCAGUGUAGCUAGCAGCCCAGAGCUGUAGACACAGGGACGGUAUCAAAGAAGCAAACAAGAGAAGUCAUUUCAGUGGGAAGGCCCGGGCCAGCUCUCUCCAGACUCAAAGUGUGCAGUGUCUCAGAGAGUGGAUGUGUCCAGGGCAAGAUGUGGGUUUUGAGCAUUUCCCUCU